UGCACCCAGGGCCUUGACGUGUGAGCCAGGUUCCCAGGGGACCCUGUGCCCGCAUCUGGGUCCAGGGAGGCAGCUAAGCCCUUUGAUUGGGUGUGAGGACCGUGACCCUGGCGGGUGCUGCAGGCCAGGAGAGCAAGGCCACGUGGUGCUUCCAGUCCCAGGCUGUGGAGUCCGCCCCAGGUCCUGGCCGAGCCCUGAGGAUGCUGAGCUUUGCCACCCUGGGCCUCUGAGCCCCGCGUGCCCGGGUGGAGGGCGAGGGGGUCAGAUCAGGCAGUCAGUGGACAAAAGGAAUGAAACCAGCCCCGGGUGGAGGGACGCACAGGCCCGUCAGAGUGUGGACAAACGUCAGGGCUGGGGCGCCCCGGGCCAUCAGCCACACGGCAGGUGUUUGUGCGGAUCAUGCCCUCCCUGGGCCCAGCGCGGUGCUCACAGUGACGAGCUCUAGGGUCUGGCAGGAGGCAAGCCCCGCAGUAACUGCAGAGGAGCCGUGCUGACCCCAGGGCACACUCUGGCACCUGGGAAGGUCAGGGGUCAGGGAGCUCACCGAACAUGCUGUGUCCCACUUGGUCCCCCCACUAUGAUGGGGUGCGAGGUGCCAGGCCCAGGGAUCCCUGAUCCCAGGGAGGAGCAGUGCCCACCACCUCUUCCAGGGGGCACCUCACAGUGACCAGCCAUGCAUGGCACUCUGCCCAUCGGCGGCCACUCUGCCCACCCACACUGACUACUGCAGGCCCGGGAGUAGUAGCCACUCAGAGGCUCCGAGGGACCCGCCCCCAGCAGGGUGGAGGCCAGGCCUGCACCAGGUACUGACGGCCAAGCCUGGGGACUCGGAGCCUUGCCCCGAGCUUGGCCACCGUCACAUCCAGCAACAGAAACGGACCCUGGCCUGCCCGAGAGCCGGGAGCAUGUAACCUGAAUUAGGAAUGAGGGAAGGUGGCCUGGUGUGGCCAGCGAUGGCUCCAAAGAGUGGCAGCUGGUAUGACCAGAGGACUCCCUGGGGGUGGGGGGUACCUGAGCCGCAGGGACCCCAGCUCUGUGGCCCUCAGCUCUCUCCCCACUGUUGGCAGGGAUGGAGAACACUCUCAACAGCAGCAGCUCCAGGAGUAGCAGUCCAGGCCCCACCCCGGCGCCCCCCCACACGGUACGGGAGGUGCUGGACGCUCUGGUCAUGUUCACCUGCGUGGGCGGCAUCGUGGGCAAUGGCCUGGUGGUCUGGCUGCUGGGCUUCCAGCGGCAGAGGGGCCCGCUGGGCAUCUACCUGCUCCACCUGGCCGUGGCUGACCUCCUCUUCCUCCUCUGCUCGGCCACGCUGACCGUCCUGAGCGCCAGCUCCUGGGGGGCCCACAUGCACCACCUGGGCCCCCAGGCGGUGAGGAGCGCCGGGUACCUGGCCUACACGGUGAGCCUGAGCCUGCUGACGGCCGCCAGUGCCCAGUCCUGCCUCCCCGGCCUCUUCCCCACCUGGUACCACGGCCGCUGGCACCGGCGCCUGUCAGCUGCGGUGUGCGCCGUGUUCUGGCUGCUGGCCGUCCUGUUCAUCGUGCCGGCCUGGUACUUCCAUGACGAGGCUGAGCAUCCCCACUCGUGGCUGGGAUCCAAGGCGGAGACCAUCUUGUACUUCUUCACCCUGGUCAGCUUCACACCCAUCAUGGCCCUGUCCGGCAUGGCCCUCUGCAUCCAGGUGCAGAGGAGCUCGCCCCCGUGGCAGCGGCCGCUCACGCGCCUCUACGUGGCCGUCCUGCUCUGCGUCUUCGUGUUCCUCGCCUGCGCCCUGCCCCUCGGCAUCUCUGCGUUCCUGCUCUACUGGCUGGACCUGUCCCAGCGCGCGAAGACUCUCUUCGGCCAUUUCACCCGCUUCUCUCUGUCCGUGAACAGCAGCACCAAACCGAUGAUCUAUUUCCUGGUGGGCAGCAGGGGCCGCUUGAGCCUGAGGGAGCCCCUGGGAGCCGUGCUCAGCAGGGUGCUGCGGGAGGAGCCUGAGCCGGAGGAGCGGGAGAUGCCCUCCACUGACCGCAGUGACGAGGGUAAACUCCCGAAGAGGAAGGCCUGAUUCUUUACAACCUUGCCGAAGGCUGAUGGCAAAGACUGCCGUCCGUCACCAAAAUCUGACUUCCAGAAUGAACAAGCAAGCUUGUGCAUGAGCUGCUUCUUUGCUUUAUCUGUUUUGAGGCUGUGUUAUUUGGAGCGUACGAGCUUAGGGGUGUUCUAUCCUGGGGAAUUGGAGCUUUAGUGGUAAAAUACAAAGCUGCCCUCGUGAAUCGAG